AUGACAGAGAAGCUGGGUCGUAACCACCUCCUCCUGCCUGCUGUGAGUGCGAGAGAAGCCCCCGCAACCUUCAUCCUCCCUGCCUGUCUUCCGUCGUCAGACCCCAUUCGUCUGGGUUUAAUACUUGCUUUAGAGAAGAGUUCGGCGGUCACGCCCGGCGUCCACCUCUUCGGUCGGGGCAGCUAUGCCGGGGCUAGCAGCUGCGGCGGGUCGCUCCAGCCGGGUGGUCGCGGCCUCCCCCGUGCAAUUAGGCUGUCGGCACCUGCCUGGCCCCCCGGUGCCCACUUGGGUCCCGCCACACUCUGCACAGCCACGGCAGCCAAGUCCAGUCGCCAGGCCGGCGGGGCAAGGUGGACCCGGGAGCGUGCGGCGCUGGAAUUAUACGUCAUCAUCUGGCCCGGUCCCCGUGACGUCAUCAGCGCGGUGCCUGCCAACAUGGAAGGUGGCGACGGCGGCGUCGCCGUCCCUGGCCUUAGGGCUCUGGGCUCCGGAGCGGGUGCAGAGACUGUCCGGGAACUUCUGCAGGACGAUUGUUAUAAAGACUUUUUAAGUGAAGACUUUGAUGUAAAGACCUAUACUUCACAAUCUAUUCAUCAAGCUAUAAUUGCUGAACAGCUAGCGAAACUUGCCCAAGGAAUCAGUCAGUUGGAUAAAGAGCUACACAUACAGGUUGUUGCAAGACAUGAAGAUUUACUGGCACAAGCAACGGGGAUUGAAUCUUUGGAAGGUGUUCUUCAGAUGAUGCAGACAAGAAUUGGGGCCUUACAGGGAGCUGUAGAUAGGAUGAAAGCAAAAAUUAUUGACCCAUACAACAAAAUAGUAGCCCGUACUGCACAAUUGGCAAGACUUCAGGUGGCCUGUGAUUUGCUUCGGAGAAUAAUACGCAUCUUGUACCUAAGUAAGAGACUCCAAGCACAGCUGCAGGGGGGAAGCAGAGAGAUAACAAAAGCGGCCCAGAGCCUCAAUGAACUUGAUUACCUUUCCCAAGGAAUAGAUCUUUCUGGAAUAGAAGUCAUAGAAAAUGAUCUACUUUUUAUUGGAAGAGCUCGACUUGAGGUGGAAAAUCAAGCUAAACGCCUGUUAGAGCAAGGUGUGGAGACCCAGAAUCCAACCCAAGUUGGAACAGCUCUUCAGGUUUUCUAUAAUCUGGGAACUUUGAAGGAUGUCAUUACCAGUGUCGUGGAAGGAUACUGUGCUACCAUAGAAGAAAAUAUCAACAGUGCAUUAGACAUCAAAGUUUUGACUCAGCCUUCCCAGUCAGCUGUGAGAGGGGGUCCCGGGCGAUCUACCAUGCCAGCCCCAGGAAACACUGCUGCUUUCCGUGCUUCUCUCUGGACCAACAUGGAGAAACUUAUGGAUCACAUCUGUACUAUUUGUGGACAGGUACAACAUCUACAAAAGGUAUUAACCAAGAAGAGAGAUCCCGUUUCUCACAUUUGUUUCAUUGAAGAAAUUGUUAAGGAUGGACAUUCUGAAAUUUUAUACACAUUUUGGAAUUCAGUUAGUCAAGCACUUUCUUCUCAAUUUCAGACAGCAACAAAUUCCUCUAUGUUUUUGAAACAAGCAUUUGAAGGAGAAUACCCUAAAUUAUUACGUCUUUACAAUGAUUUGUGGAAGCGUCUUCAACAAUACAGUAAAAAUAUUCAAGGGAAUUUUAAUGCUAGUGGACCUACAGACAUCUGUGUUGACCUGCAGCAGUUGGAAGAUGAUAUACAAGAUAUGUUCAUACAAAAAAAGCCAGAUUAUGAUCCAGAAAAGACUUUGAAAGACUCGCUACAACCCUAUGAAGCUGCUUAUCUAUCAAAAUCCUUGUCCCGUCUCUUUGAUCCUAUCAACUUGGUUUUCCCCAAUGGUGGUCGUAAUCCUCCUUCUGCUGAUGAGCUUGACAGUAUCACUAAGACUAUAGCAAGUGAACUAAAUAUAGCUGCUGUUGAUGUAAACCUCACUUUAGCUGUGUCCAAAAAUGUGGCAAAGACUAUCCAUUUAUACGGUGUAAAAUCUGAGCAGCUUCUUUCCACACAGGGAGAUGCAAGUCAGGUGAUCGGGCCUCUUACAGAAGGGCAAAAAAGAAAUGUGGCAGUAGUGAAUUCACUGUACAAGUUUCACCAGUCAGUAACAAAGGUGGUUUCCAAUCAGAACUCAUUGCCACCAGCAGCUGAGCAAACUAUAAUUUCAGCUCUAAAGGACAUCCAUGAUCUUAUGGAAAACGCUGUGCAGCCCUUACUGACUUCAGUGGGAGACGCUGUAGAGGCGAUAAUCAUCACUAUGCACCAGGAGGACUUUUCUGGGUCAUCCAACAUUGACACACUUGAUGUAACUUGUUCUUUGUACAUGAAGGAGUUGCAAGGUUUCAUUGCCAGAGUUAUGAAUGACUAUUUUAAAAACUUCGAAUGCUCAGAUUUUGUCUUUGACAAUACGGAAGCUAUUGCCCACAGAGCAAUUGAACUUUUUGUCCGCAAUGCCAGUCUCAUAAGACCUCUUGGUCACAAUGGAAAAAUGCGACUUGCAGCUGAUUUUGCACAGAUGGAGUUGGCUGUGGGCCCGUUGUGCAGACGAGUAUCUGAUUUAGGAAAAUCCUAUCGAAUGCUGAGGUCAUUCAGACCCCUGCUCUUCCAGGCGAGCGAGCUUGUGGCUAGCAGUUCGGCCCUGGGCGACACUAUUCCAUUCAGCAUCAUCCUCCAGUUUCUGUUCUCAAGUGCACCACCGGAGCUAAAAUCCCCCUUCCAGAGAAUAGAGUGGUCUCACGCACGCUUCUCCCAGUGGCUGGACGACCACCCAUCUGAAAAGGACAGACUUCUCCUCAUCAGGGCAUCUCUGGAAGCUUAUGUUCAAUCAGUAAGAAAUAGAGGUGGCAAAGAGUUUGCAACUGUUUACCCAAUAAUGGUUCAACUGCUGCAGAGAGCUCUGUCUGCUCAUCAGUAA